AUGCGCCGGCGCAAGAGCACGGCGAACUUCAUGGACCAGCGGCAGACGCAGAAGUCGAUCCAGCACGCCGUGAAGCGCGUCAUGGAGCUGUCGUCGCUGAAGCGGACGACGCGCAACCUGGCGGAGGUCAUCGAGCAGGCCAUGGCCGAGUGCAACAGCCGGGCGAGCCGCGACAGCAACUUCGCCCACCUCACGAGCGAGCAGCUCCAGCGCGCCCACGAGAUGCACCUGAAGCUCUGCGAGAAGGCGGGCCUCAAGGAGACGCCGCGGAGCCGGCGGCGGUCGCACGCGCACCGGCGGCGGCGCAUGACGCGCAAGAACUCGCGGCCGCCGUCCGUGCGCGACCGGGAGAACAAGCGCGAGGCCGAGGAGCGCUACGCCGCCGAGGAGAUGCUCGGCAUGCACGCCGGCGCGUGCCACCUCCGCGACAGCCCGCCGGAGGACCGGGAGUGGGCCGAGACCGUGCGCGAGCUCAAGAAGGACCGCGUGCGCAACGAGCGGGCCAUCGAGAAGUCCUGGCUCAUGAUGGAGGAGGAGAAGCGCCUCGACGCGCUGAGCCCGCGGCUGCGGAUCUGCUCGCUGUCCGUCAUGGCCUGGGCGCAGUACGUGCGCCUGAACAAGCUCGCGCGGCGCAAGGCCGUCGUCCAGGCGAACGCGCGCGCGCUCAACGCCGUGCGCAAGCUGCGGGCGCGGAACACGAAGAUGUGCGCGCUCCAGAACCUCGUCGCGUCCGCCGUCGCGAAGAAGGACAAGAAGCGGCAGGUCGCGCGGCACCUCAAGAAGGCCGCGGCGGCGCACUUUGUGGAAAUCAACCGCUGGUUUGGGACGUGCCGACCAAACUUUGAAAUUCUCUAGCUCGGCCAAAUCGAAGUCGAUUCGGCCAAUUUUUGGACGGAUCGAUUGCUCUCGUCGAGUUCUCGAAGCACAGCCGAAGAACUUGUGUCGAAACAUUCGAAUACGCACACAUUGACGUCGGAUUGAAGAUUUGAUUUCCACACAGGCGGCGCACAAGGCCGCGGCGCACCUCCAGGCCGUCUUCUCCGCGAACCACGCCGACGACCGCUUCCAGAACCGCGGCAUGCCCAAGCAGACCCACGACCUCGAGCUGCCCGAGCUCGACCUCGAGCGCGACUGCGGCUACGUGCGGCCGGGCGAGCGCGCGGCGCCCGCGCAGGCGCUCCGGAGCUUCCACGGCAAGAUCUCCUACCGGGGCAAGUGGGGCGGCCCGUCGCCGAAGCCGAAGCCCCCCGAGGCCGCGGCGCCGCCGGACUUCGACGACGCGUCCUUCGUGUCCUUCCGGGGCACGGUGGACCGGCCCCUGGGGCUCGGCGGCCGCGUGCCGCCGUGGCUCGCGUGCGGCGACGACGACGACGAGAGCCUGCCGUCCUGCGUGUCGCCGCUGUCGCGGCCGGCCAUCGUGCCGCCGUCCCUGCCCGUCGCGCCGCCGUCGUCGUCGGACAUCCUCGGGGCCAAGGGCGGCGCGGGCUGCUUCGCGCGCGCGCGGCGCCUCGUGCCGGCGUCGAGCCGCGCGCUCCUCUUCUCGCCCCUCGCCGCGGCCAUCGCCGUCGAGGACCGCUCCUUCGCGCCCCAGCGGCCCGCGUCGC